CCUCUAUAGUGUAUUUAUAAGGAAGUGAACUCUGAGGUAGUUGCUACAGUGUAAAAAUAUCUGCUAAGUGACAACAUGAGAUGCCUCAUCCUGCUUGUGUGCCUUGCAGUGGGCUGCCUUGCUCAGAGACCAUCAAAAUGUCGUUCCCCACCGCUACUGACUGGAUCCCUUUCAGUGUCAAGUGCAAGUGAGAAGUUGAUGGUGUAUGCCAAGUACUCCUAUGAUGCAUGGGGAAAGCGCAUCCACCUGAAUGAGUUUGUGCAUUACAACAAUAAAUCCCACCACUUUGAUCUACUCCUACUCUUCAGAGAGGGUGUUAUGUACAAGAUUGACAGGGCGAACCAGACUUGUAUCAAGAGAAAGCUGUGUCGAGAAUUCCACCCACUUCAAGUCCCAGAUAAUGCAACUCUGCUGGGUCAGGCAAUUUUGGGUGCCUCCUCUGGUAUCGGACAGGGACUUCUGGUCAACACCUGGACAGGACAAGUGAAGAUGAAGCAAGGAACAGGAAAGUACAUGAGCACUGUUACUGAGUUUGGAUGCAUUCCUGUCAGCACUCUGUUUCACACUGAGAAAACUGGAUGGCUGGUGACCAGCUUCUUCAACAAUGUGAUCGGACUUGUGGACCCACAGGAGCUCCUCCCUCCAUCGUUCUGUACGGAUGCCCGUCUGGAGGAAAAUGGAGAAGAUCCAGUGAACUUCUUUAGCUUCUUUUAAAAUACUAAAAGAUGCAGUGCACAAUGAUGACGACUGCAUAUGAUUCUUUGCACUGUAUUAAAUUCUUAAUACUUUUAUACUGAUGAUCAUUUUCUCUAUGCUGCACUGUUGUGUCAAAUGUUUUAAUUUUAGUAAGUACUUGUAUCUUACUCGAGAAUGUUAACUCCAUGCUGCUUUAUAGUCACUAUUCAGAAACAAAAAACAAGAUGGUGGAUUUGUUUUUUUAAAUAUUUGCUCUUAGUUGUCAUGGUUUGUGUUACUGAUUUAAUGGAAUUUUAACUACAUCCAAAUAGCAAAUAGUGCACUUUUUACUCCACUGCAUUUGUCUGUUGUUACUUUUAAUUACAAACUAUGCAUCUCCAAAUGUGUUUAUUUUAAAUGGAAGUGAUAAAAUGAAGGAUUACAUUUUUUUAUGGCUUGAGAAAAUUCUAUUUUCAUAAAGUGAAUAAACUCAUUAAAACCCUC